AUGCCAGCGGAAGCAUUAAAGAACAGGAAAGGCCGGAAAAGCCUCAACAGUCCAUACGAUGACGGCAAGGUGCAGAAGAUCCCUCGGCCGCCAAAGCUCGAGCCGCUGAAGGAGGUGCUCACAAAGCUCAUUGCGAAGAUCAAAAAGAAAGAUGACUAUGCAUUUUUCUUGCAACCAGUGGAUGUCUCGCAGGUCCCUGGCUACAUGGAUGUGAUCCAACGACCUAUGGAUCUAGGCACGGUGUCUCACAAAGUACAGCGCGGAAGAUAUCGAUCACUGGAGGAGUUUGCGGACGACAUCCGCCUGGUCACCACGAACGCCAAGACAUUCAACCCGCCCGGCACGAUCUACCACACAGAAGCGGAGAAGAUCGAGGCCUUUGCGCUCGAGCACAUCGCAAAGGCGUCCGCCAGCGUGAUCAAGUACGAGACGGAUUGGACUAUCGAGAUCGAGGGGGACCACGACGCGCAGGACAAGGGCACGCCGAUGGACGUCGACGACGGGACAUCCACUGCGUCUGCACCCACUUCCGUUACUGCAUCAACCAGCGCACAUCCCCGCCGGCGGGCCGCCGCAGCGGCAGGUACACGGAAACUGCCAGGCGCGCUGUCGGAGACCCUCGAGGAUGACGGUGGACUGCCUGGUGCGAAGGAUGGCCUGGGCGCGUUCCCGCCUGGCUCGGACUGGGCAGAAUUGAUGCUGGCACUUAAGCUGCGAGGCAAGCGACACAGAACAAAGAAGGAGCGCCUGCGGAUGGAGAAGGGAGGCCCGCCGUAUCGAGCAGACGGCAGUCUCGACUAUGCUGAACGGGAGCAGCAUACAUCCUAUAUAAUUGGACAACCCAUUUUCUGUCCUCUCCUUCUUUGCCCCCGAGUCUCCUUCACGACCGCUUCUCACCCCCCUCUUCCCCACUUUCCGACCCUCCGAUCGUCCUGGCGCACCCUAUCCGUCCAGGUGAACCUCCCUGCUUCGCCCACCGCACCGGUCCCUGUCCCUUCCACACUGAAGAUCUCCGCCAGGUCCCGCACACGCGCGACCCGGCGACACUGGACGAUCAUCCGUAAUGCGCCUGCGCGCAGCCGCGCGCGCGAGCGGGACAACGAAGGCGAGUCUUCGCCUGGCCGGGAGCCUGUGGCGGUGGACUUUGGCGUGUACGCGACGCUGAUGGGUGAGCUCGCGAAGCAGAGGCAGGUCAAGGACGUAGCGAAGGAGUUCGACUCAGAGGAGAAGGUGUGUGAGGCAAUACGGGAGAGUAUCGAGGCGAGCACGAUAGAAGGCUAUACAAGGGAUGUGCAGAUGGGUGGUGGGGAGGGUGCAGAAGAAGAGUACUGGAGGGGCAAGGGCGCGGAGGCGGAGGAGUAUCUGCGGGACGUUGUCUACGGAGGUGUAGACGGACUUGCGUACGUGCGGAGUCUCACAGAGUUCGUCAGACCGUCCGAGGACCUCGUAUGCCGCUCGCCGCGUACGUCGACACGCACAUCCUCGAGCCGCUCACCGACGGGCGGCAUCGGCUCCUCCGCGAGGCUGCACGCCGGCUGGACGACCCUACCUUCCACGCAUCGUCGCACGUCCUCUUACAGCUAUCCCUUUCCGCGCACCUCUACCUUCACAUCGCGCAUGACCUCUCAAGCUGCAGCACGCUUUGGGCACGCAGAUCGACAUGAGGCCCUUGAUUCGCGCGCCAGAGGAGCUCUACCCGUCGAGGAGGCGUGGGAUGGGCGUGCGGUGAUCGAGGCGAGGAGACAGGCGCAGGAGGAGGAGCGCGCGGCGAGUUCGGGCAGCGCGAUGGAGUACUUGCAGUAUGCGAUCGAGCAGAAUGAGGAGGGCGUGACGGCGGGGAUGGGGACGGAGACGCAGGAGGACGCGGCGCUGCUGCAAUACAUACUCGAUCGCUCGGCGGAUGCGAUUGAUGAGAUCGCGGGGCAGCGUGGGGGCGCGGGCGCCGGGAAGGUGGAGAGCGGGGGCGCGUCGAUGAAGGGUGCGAUGGAGGAGCCGGCGAUGACAAUGAAGAAGGAGAGCGGAGAAGAGGAGGAUCCGAGGAUGAGGCAGCUUCGGCUGAACCUCCUCGCGCUGGCGAAGCGCGCACCGCUGGACCAGAUCGCAAAGCUCCCGCCGGAGCUGGUGCCGGAGCGCCUGCGUACGGUCGUGCCUACUAUCGAUUCGUGA